UCGCUGUUUUUGGUUGGCGCUUUGGUGUGCUCAUGUCGUCGCUGAGGUACCCACCUACAGCUAAAGGGAAACAAGGAGAAAAGAACUUUGCUAAAAGAAGAGUAUAUUUUCAGUGACUACUAAGAGAGAUUACGUCUUUACAUUUGCUAUCGUGCGUUGGAAGAGCAGUUGGGUCGAUCGUGGGGCUUUUAGUGGCGACAAGUAUUUCAUUCUGGGUGCCAUAAAAUUUAGUGCUUUUACAACACAGUUAGUGCUAAGAGAAGAAUAAAAUCAACAAUAAGAAGAUUGAAACUGAGUAGAAAAUUGUGAAACGUCCAUGUAUGCGAUGCUUUCCCGUUGUACAGUGUGCCUUGCAUGCUUGCUUUACUGAAAAGCAGCACGGACUUACAUAGGAGGAUGAUGUGCUGUGCUUAAGUGGGUCGCCAUUUUCUUCAACUUUUCCGUUCGUGCUUGAUGGAAAAUAUCGUUUCUGUGCAGUGAAGCAGUAAAAUAAAGUAAGCAGAAAAAUCGAUUUUAAAAACCAACAAAUAUAAACAGGAACAAACACAAUGGAUGAUGAUCAGCAGUUCUGUCUUCGAUGGAACAAUCACCAGAGCACACUCAUCUCGGUGUUCGACACCCUGCUGGAGAAUGGAACACUGGUUGAUUGCACAUUGGCGGCUGAAGGAAAAUUCCUGAAAGCUCAUAAAGUUGUUCUCUCCGCGUGCAGUCCCUAUUUUGCGGCACUACUAUCGCAACAAUACGACAAGCACCCCAUCUUCAUACUCAAAGAUGUGAAAUUUCAAGAGCUCCGAGCCAUGAUGGACUACAUGUAUCGUGGUGAGGUUAACAUUUCUCAAGAUCAGCUGGCUGCGCUACUGAAGGCCGCCGAAUCCUUGCAAAUCAAAGGACUGUCUGACAAUCGGGGAUCGUCCUCUGCUGCACCAUCACAACAAUCGAAGCCACCGCAUAGUGAAACCUCAGCAACUAAAACGCUACCGCCACCAGUACCUGCGAACAAGGCUUCAGGUUUAACUAUCGAAAACAAAAGGCCUUUGAAACCGGAAUUGCUCGAUUCGGACGUGUCUGGAUCGCGGGAAGGCUCUACUAGUCCAACAUCGCGCAAGCGUAAAAAAAUUCGGCGAAGAAGUGUUGAUAAUAACAACCUUAUAGAUAAUCAUGACCAGCAUUCAAAUUCCUCAUCACAUUCAAUGCACACCUCCUUGCAAUCGCAAGCGCUGGCCUUGACGUCAUCGUCGACCGUGGCUGGUGUCCCUACAAGCAACAACACUGCUACCUCCCUCUCAUCUUCAAGUACGGCGCCCUCGAACAGUGCGAAUGUGUUAACCACGCCCGCCGCAGUUGCGGCGGCAGCAGCAGUUGCCCUCAAAAAGACUGACUCCGUUCAACAGCAGCAGGUUGCUGAAGCGUUAAAGUUGCAAUUGGUAAAACAUCAAAGUCAGCAACAGUCACAACAGCAACAACAGCAAUCGCAACAGCAACAGGUACAUCACACGGAUGACGACGAACGGAGCGGUACAGAACAGGGCGAAGGGCAAGGCGAGCCUGACUCGGACGAUAUGGAUGAAGCCCCGCAAGCCAAACGCCAUCAACCGCAGGCAACUGGGGUAACGGUCGAAGGCACCGACAGUAAAUCUAUUAAUCAAUCCGAGUUAAUGAUUGAACCAAAAAACGAAUACGAUGACGGCCAAGAUGAAAAUGUGGAGGACUUAACACUAGAUGAGGAAGAAUUGCUGGACGAUUUGGAUCAAGCAGGACCCAGCCAUGGUGGCGAAGGAUCUAGUCAAGGCUAUGCACAGUGGCAAAUGGAACGGGAACAAAACGAAGCGUUCAUGGCUGCACAGGACGCUGUCGGUGGACAACAUCGAGACGCACAAGAUAAACGUUCCGCGAAGUUCCCGCUGGUGUCUAAUCCAAAAAAAAUAAAAACAAUCACAGUGACCGUACCGACUUCUCCUUCGUCACUUCAAACCACGGUACAAGCAGUACCAGUAAGCACAUCUGCGCAGCUGACUCAGAUAACUCAAUCAACACCGGUUAUUCUGAACGAUCUAAAUGAAUGUCUACUGGAGAGCAAAAAUAUUGUUGUUUCAAAAAAAGACAACAAAUACAUACUAUUCACGACGGCUGCCGUUGCACAACCACAGCCACCACCGUUACAACCUGCACAGGCAACAUUGCAUCCCGUACAGACGACCACAGUAAUCGAUACCACGCGCAUCGAGGAGCUACUUAAAAAGGAUAAAAUUAUUAAGAAGACAGAGCUUCAAGGCGACGGCACCACAACCACCACUUACAUCUUCGACGAGUGCGAUAUUUUACCGUUGAAACCUGUAACCAAAGAAAUGGUACCUAAUUCUGCUUCUAUGCCGACAACCGUUGAAACUAUCAGCUUGGCUUCACCUCAAGUUGGUAAACCGACUACUAUUUCGAUUGUGAAAGUAGCCUCCGGUGACGUCGUUACUACGGCUGGUACUGCCGUAAUUCCUGUUGGAACCACAUUGGUUCCUGCAUCUGCAUCGUCCACCGUCAGUGCAAUUAACAGCAGCGGCGCAAUUAUAAAUGCCAGUACAAUUCAAAGCAACCAAAGCCAAAUCCCAUCCGCUAAGAAACUUUUAAAACCAACUCAUCCCCGGAUUAAGUAUUCAAAGCACAAGAAUCCGUCGGCACAAUCGCUUGCUGCUUUGCCCAUUUUAACAAUACCAACGGUCACUACCAGCCAACCAAUUGCUGUUCCUAUCCAAGAUGCAGCAGCUGGCACUACCACUAAGAUAGAGUUGUUGAAUUUUUCUCUUUCGCGGAAGUUCCCUGCGCAUGGACAAAGUGCCAAAACUAUCGACAUUAGCAAUAUUCAACAUAUACCCAUCACAGCCGUCUCGAAGCCGAUGCCUACACGAUAUACAGUCAAUGAAUAUGAAACAUCCACAUCGAAUACUUCCCAAAGUAAUGACUUCACUACAGGGAUAAUCGACGAUUUGGAUUACUCUGUUAUUGAUGACAUAGAGCUUCCGGACGACGUUCAGGUGAACUUUGGGGACUCUUAUCAGGCAAAGUCGUCACAUGGUGGUGAGAUCGACGAUGACGUGAAUGACUCUCAAGACCAAACCAAGACGGCCAGUCAGGCGAAAAAGUUGAUUAAAUCGGACGCAAAGAUUCUCAACACUUCGAUGGAUGAGAAGUAUGCCCUAUUAGCAAAUACAAAUAUCAUGAAAAACUUUGAAUAUACAGUUAAUGAAUCGGUUGUUAGUGACAAUGACGAUGGUGAGAUGCGUCAAUAUAUUUGUCGACACUGCGGGAAACGGUAUCGUUGGAAAUCAACCUUGCGCCGGCACGAGAACGUAGAAUGUGGUGGCAAAGAAGCAAUGCACCAGUGUCCAUAUUGUACGUACAAAGCUAAACAACGUGGAAAUCUAGGCGUUCAUAUUCGUAAGCAUCACGCCGACAUGCCACAGCUUGAAAGUCGUCGUAAGUCAAAGAAUCGUGAUUCCUUGAGCUUAAUCGACGCCAUUAAACCAGAGUCGAUGGAAGGACAAACGUAAACACGUUUCCGAUAACAACCGCGCAAAAAUAUAAAUCGAUCUGCAUGUAGGCUACUCUGUAACAGAGUAUGUAUUUGGCUCAGAAGGGUAAAUAGUUAAUGUUCCGAUUGCUGAUAAAUUAGUGGACAUAACGAUCCCUUGCUGGUCUCGUUGAGGGUUGCUGUGGCGCUAUUUCAUUUUUUCUCAAUGGAAAAUCAGCAGUAGGGACUGUGAUAUUAACGUUUGUUAAUGAGUGACAGCUAUUUUGGUAGUUUGUACACUGUAAUUCAUUUCAUUUGGCAUAUAUUUUUUUCGAAUAACAAAUGAGUGUGAUGUAGCCUGUUAUGGACAUCAUUCUGUUCGUUUUUUAAAUUAGCUUUAGCCACGCAUUGAAAUUAUGAUAGCGUUUUGUCGACUAAUCGUCUUGUAAUCUUUUGAAUAAACUACGAAAAUGACGUGAACAGCACAGCUAGCUAACUGAUCCACUGCAAGCCGCAAUUUAAAUAGAGAUAUUGUUUGCAGAAAUAUAUUUCUGGAUUGUUUCAUUAGUAUAUUGGGUGGCGCUGCAGCGUCAAUUUUUUGUACCAAUAUUUUAUUCUCGGUAUAACUUUUUUGGUUUUUUUAAUACAUUCGACAAUUCACAGCAAGCUAACGGGAAAUAAAACAGCAAAAGCAGUUUAGUUAUAAGGCAUAAUGGAGAAGUAGUAUGGCAAAACUGCAAUCACAAUCGCGAAACAACUAAGUUUUUAACCAAAACAUUUUAUUACUGCUUGUUUUAUUAAAGAUGCAUCUAAAAGAGGGGUACAACCUUUCAAAACAGAAAUUAGUCAACGCAUCUGAUUGAUCUUGCAGAAAAGCGUGUGAACAUUUGAUUACACUUUUAUUCUUGCGGUUAGACUACACACAGGUUUGCACGGAAAGGCAUAUUACUCAUUAUAGGUUAUAGACUCUUUGCAUAAACUGCAAAAUAAAAUCACAAAGAAUGAUUGCAUUUUCGUAUCUCAACUUCUAUAUUUCUUCCAUUUUAGUUUUUCAUUAUAAACAAAUGCACUUGUCUUCGUAUCCCUGUGUUAAUGAUCAGCAUAUUAAACUCACAUAUAUGUAUGUCCUUUCAUUAGUAAUAUCAUAAUGUAAUAAUAACAAUAAUAAUUAUAAAAUAUGAUACAUGUACGACUAUUCUUUAUCAGCUCUUUUUUUUCUUGUGAAAUCUUAAAAAACAACGUAUUGUAAGCAUACAAAUUUGAAGAUUAUAACAAUAGGAGAGCAAAUUUAAUUGUUCUUAAUAUAAAACUGUGAAUCGAAUGUGAAUAUAUCAAAAAUGCUAAAUGUACGCUAAACAUUCGUGGAUUGUUGAGAGCACGGAGAAAAUCCGCUGAUUCGUAAUUUGGUUGCCAUCCCCAGAGAAUUAGAUUCCUAAAACUUGUAGAAGCAGCGUCCGUGUUGGACAACACCUAAACAUAAAAAAGGACAGUUUUAAGGUUAGAAGAUGAUCAGCACUAUAUAUCUCUAUAUAUUUAUCUAUCUACCCGUAUAAAUAAAUGAA